GCAAGGCUGGCCCCUUGCUCAGCCUGGAACCUUCUAGAUGGCUGGAGUGUUUUUAAUAACGCUCUAUGAAUACUCGCUGCUUUUCUUCAUCACUGUUGUCUUUACCUGCUUCGUCGUGACCACUGGCCUGGUAUUGGGAUGGUUUGGUUGGGAUGUUCCAGUACUUCUCAGAAAUUCCGAAGAAACACAGUUCAAUGCAAGAAUUUUCAAAAAGCAAAUGAGACAAGUCACGAAUCCUUUUGGUUUAGAGAUCACUAACCCAUCUUCAGCUUCAAUUACAACUGGCAUAACUUUGACAAUAGACUGCCUUGAAAAUUGCCUCCUGACGGGCUACUGGGGCUGCAGUAUUCAAAAAUUAAAUGAAGCUUUCCAGAAGCAUGCUCACUGCUUUCGAAUAAGCACUCCCCAGGCAUUAGAAGAUGCUCUGUAUAGUGAAUAUCUCUACCAAGAGCAGUAUUUUAUUAAGAAGGACAGCAAAGAAGAAAUUUAUUGCCAGCUACCCAAAGAUACAAACAUUGAAGACUUUGGGACAGUGCCCAGAUCACGUUAUCCAUUGGUUGCUCUGUUGACCUCUGAUGAGGAUAAUCGAGAAAUUUAUGAUAUUGUUUCCAUGGUGUCAGUGAUUCAUAUUCCCGAUAAGACUUGUAAACUUCCCUGCAGAAUAUUGUACCAAUAUUUGCUCCUUGCUCAAGGUCAAUUUUAUGAUCUUAAGCAACUCUUCAUGUCUGCAAAUAAUUAUUCCACUCCUGCCAGCAGUUCCUCUUCAGAAGAAAUGAGCACAGAACAAAAUUUGUUGGAAAGGGCUGGACUGUCUGAAAGUGAAGUGGAGCCUCCAGAGGGGAAUAGCAAGGACUGUGUGGUCUGCCAGAAUGGACCUGUGAACUGGGUGCUUUUGCCAUGUAGACACACAUGCUUGUGUGAUGGUUGUGUGAAGUACUUCCAGCAGUGCCCAAUGUGUAGGCAGUUUGUUCAGGAGUCAUUUGCACUCCACAAUUAAAAGGAACAAGACAGAAUCAAACCGAAUACUCUUUGAGGAUAUUACAACUGAAAAGUACAUUUCUCCUGAGGAUGCAGAAAUGUGUGUUUUUGGACUUUAUCAUGGCAUGGAAUCUACCAUAUUGACUAUCAGAGAAAAAUCUAUUUUAGCUUCUUGUUUGUAUGGUACAUGGGUGAUGAAAAUUAAUCCCUAAUAUUGGAAUACCAUCUGUGUUACUACAUAAAGAAUUCAUGAAACUCUUGAGAAGAA